CUGAGCGGCGAAGGGGGCCGCAAUUAGGGCAUGAGGCUCAUCCCGACCUUUGUGUACAAAGCCACGACUAGGGUAUAUCUGAAGCUCUUUCACAGCUCUGCAGCGCCGUUGUGUUUCUCCCGGUACAGUUAGUUCUACUCCAGCCAUGAGUAAGCUCCAGAGCGAUGUCCUCCGGGAGGCCAUUACGCAGAUCACCACUGCGGCCAAGGAGAAGAACCGGAAGUUCACUGAAACUGUAGAGCUUCAGAUUGGUCUGAAGAACUACGACCCCCAGAAAGACAAACGUUUCAGCGGCUCUGUGAAGCUGCCACACAUUCCUCGUCCUAAGAUGAGAGUGUGCAUGCUUGGAGAUGCUCAGCACGUCGAGGAGGCAAACAAAAUCGGUAUGGAAUACAUGGAUGUUGAGAGCUUGAAGAAGAUGAACAAGAAUAAGAAGCUCGUCAAGAAGCUGGCUAAGAAGUACCAUGCUUUCUUGGCUUCCGAGUCUGUUAUUAAGCAGAUUCCCCGUCUGUUGGGACCUGGUUUGAACAAAGCCGGAAAGUUUCCCACCCUUGUGUCCCACCAAGAGUCUUUGGAGUCCAAGGGUCAGGAGUUAAAGGCCAUGGUUAAGUUCCAACUGAAGAAGGUGUUGUGCAUGGGAGUCGCCAUCGGUAACUGUGAUAUGGAGGAAAAGCAAAUCUUCCAGAACACACAAAUGGGUGUUAACUUCCUCGUGUCCCUGUUGAAGAAGAACUGGCAGAAUGUCCGAGUGUUGUACUUAAAGACAACCAUGGGCACUCCGGUUCGUAUUUACUAGGUUCCAGCGUAUACGAGUUGAGCAUUCCAAUGGGUCUGAAAGACCAGAAUUUGAGAUUGUGAAAGUCUAUUCUUAAUACGGACGCAACUAUCUAUCAAUUUUGCACAAUGAUGCUUUCAUAUUUUCA